AUGUCGGCUUCUGUUGCCACCUUUGAACGCCCUCGCAUUGGCAAUUCAAAUACGAUUUUCAAGAGUGGGCAUCUUCUCAUAUCUUCCAAAGGUUUAGGAUGGAAGUCGUGGAAGAAGCGAUGGUUUAUCCUUACGCACACUUCUUUGGUUUUCUUCAAGAAUGAUCCUAGCUCACUUCCACAGCGAGGUGGUGAAGUAAAUCUGACUCUUGGUGGCAUUGAUUUAAAUAAUUCAGGGAGUGUUGUAGUUCGAGAAGAUAAGAAGUUGCUAACCGUUUUGUUUCCCGAUGGACGUGAUGGACGGGCAUUUACUCUUAAAGCAGAGACAUUGGAGGACUUGUACGAGUGGAAGACAGCUCUAGAACACGCUCUCGGACAAGCGCCAAGUGCCGUGCUUGCGAUGGAACACAACGGGAUAUUUAGGAGUGACACUAGUGAUACAACUGAAGGAUCCUUCCAUCAACGGAGGAAUAAGCGCCCAGUGAAAUCUUUGGUUGUUGGACGUCCAAUUUUGCUUGCAUUGGAAGAUAUAGAUGGAGGCCCAUCCUUCCUUGAAAAAGCACUUCGAUUUCUCGAGAAACACGGAGUCAAAGUUGAAGGAAUUCUUAGGCAGUCCGCGGAUGUUGAGGAAGUGGAGCGAAGAGUUCAAGAAUAUGAACAAGGCAGGACUGAAUUUUGUCCAGAUGAGGACGCUCAUGUUAUUGGGGACUGUGUUAAGCACGUUCUUCGGGAGCUGCCUUCUUCUCCUGUCCCUGUGUCUUGCUGCACUGCUUUGUUGGAAGCCUAUAAAAUUGAUCGGAAGGAAACUCAGGUGAAUGCGAUGUGCUCUGCAAUACAGGAUACAUUUCCCGAACCCAAUAGGCGUCUCCUACAGAGAAUUCUUAAGAUGAUGCAUACAAUUUCCUCACAUACAUCUGAUAAUCGGAUGACUCAAUCGGCUGUUGCUGCUUGUAUGGCGCCCUUGCUCUUGCGGCCUCUUUUAGCUGGUGAAUGUGAACUGGAGGAUGAAUUUGAUAUCAAUGGUGAUGAUUCUGCUCAGCUUCUUGCUGCUGCAAAUGCUGCUAAUAAUGCCCAAGCCAUUAUCACAACACUCUUGGAGGAAUAUGAGAAUAUUUUUGAUGAUCAUAAUCUGCACAGAUGCUCUAUAUCCGCAAGUUCACAAACUGACAAUAGCGAGAGUGAAGAUACGACUGAUGAUGAAACUAUAGACCUAAAAAACAAUGGUUAUCAUGAUGUUGAAAAUGAAGUUGACCAUGAAACAGAAGAUGACCAUUAUCGUAGACUCAGUGGCAAGUUAAGUGAAAGCAGUGGUUCUGCAGCCAGCGAUCUUUACGACUAUAAGGCAAUUGGAAAUGAUGAUUCAGACGUCGGAUCUCCCAUGGAUAGUCAUACUUCAGCAACAAAAUCAAAUCCAAUUAUAGACCGUAAACAUUUUAGAGAUUCAAAUUCUUUGGUUAACGAGCAGUUAGACCAACAGAAGAAGCCAGGUGAAAAUCCGAUAAAUGCUUCGAUCGAAUUAAUUGGUAAUGAGUCCCAACGAUCUAUGGGGGAAAUUUUGUCAUCUAUGGAUCAAGAGAAAAAUCUAUCAACUCAAGCACCUGAGUCAUUGGUUGAGAAGCCAACCGCCAAACAUACAAAUUCCAAUCUGAGUGUCCAGAGAUCAACAUUUUGGGGAAGAAAAAAUUCCAGAAAAACGUCUUCAACAGAAUCAGUUGAUUCUUCUGGGGAAGAAGAGCUUGCUAUCCAGAGGUUAGAGAUUGCAAAGAAUGAUCUGCGAAACAGGAUUGCGAAAGAGGCAAGAGGAAAUGCAAUUUUGCAAGCUAGCUUGCAGAGACGGAAGCAAGCUUUGCACGAGCGUCGUUUGGCACUUGAACAAGAUGUUGCAAGACUACAAGAACAGUUGCAAGCUGAGAGAGAUUUACGGGCUGCAUUGGAAGUUGGCUUGAGCAUGUCUUCUGGACAGGUUUCGGGAUCUGAUGGGAUGAAUUCCAAGACGAGGGCUGAGCUUGAAGAGAUAGCUCUUGCUGAAGCAGAUGUGGCCAGAUUGAAGCAGAAAGUUGCUGAACUUCAUCAUCAGCUUAGUCAGCAACGUCAGCAUCACUAUGGCAACCUCCCCGAUGCAUCCGGUCCCUAUCAACGAGCCACGAAUCAGAGUCCUCAGCAGAGAUAUUUCCAGCAUGAUUUUGACACAAAGCUUGCUUUCUGUAACCAUGAAAGGCAACAAAGAACUGAGGAAUUGGUAGGAGCAGAUCUGAGAAAUAUUAGAGGACAAAUAUUAACAUCUGGCAGCAGUAGUAGACGACCUGCUCGGCAUCAGUUCAUGGAUUCAACAGGUUUGAGUGAUUAUAAAAGUACUGGGGCAUCCAAGAGUUCUUAUGUGGACAACCUUUCUUAUGUUGAUUCUGCAGCCAUACCUUCCACAUCUAGAGCAGCGGAGGUGAUAGAUUAUCCUGGACAUCCGUCAGCAGCAGCAUCCACUUUGGUUGAAUUGACAACACGCCUUGAUUUUUUCAAGGAAAGGAGGUCUCAGUUGAUGGAACAACUCCAUAGCCUCGAUUUAAACUAUGAAUCUUCACAAGAUUGUAUGUAUAAAUCAUCGUCUCUUAAGUGGAACUGA